AUGGCUCGUUCGUUUCGAAGUUCUGCUUUGAUCCUAAGUGUUUGUGUUUCUAUUUCUCUAAUCUUACCGGUAAAUUCACAGACAUGCGCAAAACAGACUUUCACGAACAACAAGUUAUACGCCAACUGUUUAGACCUCCCUACACUCACCUCCUACCUUCAUUUCACCUACAAUUCCACAAACGCAACUCUCUCAGUCGCCUUCUUUGCUUCUCCUUCAAAAGCCAACGGAUGGGUUGCAUGGGCUAUAAAUCCCAAGGUUCCAGCCAUGGGUGGGGCCCAGGCACUGGUGGCGUUCAAGGACUCCAGGGGUGUUAUGACCGUCAAGACCUAUAAUAUCAGCUCGUACACGCUUGAUUCGGUGGUGCAGUCGAAGCUGGCUUUUGAUGUGUGGGACACGCGCGCCGAAGAGGAGAGAGGGGUGAUGAGGAUAUUUGCCAAGAUUAAGGUACCGGCUGAGUUGGCGGCGAAGGGGACGGUGAAUCAUGUGUGGCAAGUGGGGCCAAGCGUGGAUGCUGCUAAGAGCGUGUUGACACCGCAUGAGAUGGGUGGUCCUAAUUUGAAUGCUAAAGGGACUUUGGAUUUGAAUGGAGGACACAGUGUCAGCACUGGUGGUGGUGUGGAUUCCAGGACGAAAAGGAAAAACAUUCAUGGGAUACUGAAUGCUGUGAGCUGGGGAAUCCUGUUUCCACUUGGAAUUAUAAUAGCAAGGUAUCUGAGGACUUUCCAGUCUGCAGAUCCUGCAUGGUUUUACCUUCAUGUUUCUUGUCAGGUCUCCGCUUAUGCUAUUGGGGUUGCCGGGUGGGCAACUGGUAUAAAGCUUGGAAAUGAAUCCAAGGUAGUUAAGUUUACUGGUCAUCGCAACAUUGGGAUUUCGCUAUUCGCUCUUGCAACAUUGCAGAUAUUUGCUCUGUUCUUGAGGCCGAAGAAGGACCACAAAUACCGAUUCUACUGGAAUAUCUACCAUCAUGGCGUUGGAUAUGCCAUACUCAUCCUUGGCAUCUUGAAUGUAUUUAAAGGUCUAAAUAUGUUGUUUCAGCACGAAGAUAAAUGGAAAACGAUUUACAUAAUUGUGAUUGCAGUCUUGGGUGGAAUUGCUGCAUUGCUAGAAUUAAUCACUUGGAUUGUAGUUUUGAGGAGGAAGAGCAAGUCCACCAAGCCGUAUGACGGAUACAAUGGACAAGGCAGGCAACAGCCAUUCGCUGCAUGA